AUGGAGUCAUUUUUCUGUGGCUCGAUCUACCCUUGUCUUCGACUGUUUGUUUUGUAUUUUCUUUCUUGCUUGCUUUCCUUCUUUCUUUCUUAUAUUUUCUUCUCUUGUUUUCAGUCGUUUCUCAUUCUCUAUUUUCUCGUUUUCCUCAUUUUUUGUCAAAUUAUUAUUUUUUUUUUCUGUCGUGUUUUCCUCUUCCUUUCUUUCUUACUUUUCUCUAUUUUAUUGAAUUCUUCUAUUUUCAUAUUUAAAAAUUUUCAUUUUUUCGUGAUAUCUUUUUUUUUAUUUUAUUUUAUUUUUCUUCUUCCUUACUGCCUUUUUUUUUUACAAUCUUCCUUCUUUUUUUCAUUUUCUUUGCUUUCUUUCUUCCUCUUCAUCCUCUUUUCGUUCCUUACUUUUUCCAAUCUUCUUUGUUUAUACUUUAUUUUUGUCGGAUUAUGUUAUUUUUUUCUUUCUUAUUUCUUUCUUAUCAUUCUUUCUUUUUUUCUUUCUUUUUUCUUUACUUUCUUAUUUUUCUUUUCUUUUUCUUUCCUUCCUAUUCCUUUCUUUUUUCUUUUUUCUUUCUUUCUUGACUUUUCUUUCUUUUUUUUCUUUCUUUUUUCUUUCUCUCGGUCUGUAUUUCUUUUAUUCUUUCUUUUUUCCUUCGUUCUUUCUUCCGAUCUUCUUUCUUUGUCUUUCGUAGGUUCUUUCUUUUGUUCUUUCUUUCAUUUUUCUUUCUUUUUUUUUCUUUCUUUCUUUCUUUCUUUCUUUCUUUCUUUCUUUCUUUCUUCGGCUUCUUUCUUUCUUUUUUUUAUUCUUUCUUUGAUCGUCUGCAACUCUUUCUUUGUUUUUGUUAUUGCUUGCUCCUUGCUAUUUUUCCGAUCUCUUUCUUUUCCAUGUGUUUCUUCUUUCAGUUUCCACUUCUUCAUUAUCUCUUUUUAUUUAUUCUUCGUUCAUGCUUGUCUUUAUUCUUUCUUACCCAACUUGAUACAGCAUUUUUUUCUUUUCCCAUCUGACAUCACCCUCCAUAUUUCAACUUCUCCCCUCCUUACUCUCCAUCUUUUUUUUCUUUUCUUGUCCGUUCUUCAUCGUUUCAUUCCGCAUCCCACUUACAUAGCUUGCCGGCCUUCCUGUCUGCCUGCCUGCCUGCCUGCCUAUCUAUCUAUCUAUCUAUCUCAGUCUGUCUAUAUCUAUCUAUCUAUCUAUUUCAAUCUGUCCAUAUCUAUCUAUCUAUCUAUCUAUCUAUCUAUCUAUCUAUCAAUUUCAGUUUUUUCAUCUAUCUAUCUAUCUAUCUAUCAUAUAGCGAUAAUUUUGUAUAAUUUUACCUAUCAACAAACAGUAUUUAGAAAAAUAUGUAUUUACAAAAAAAAUUUCAAGUUUGUCGUUUUUUUCUUUCUUUCUUUCUUUCUUUCUUUCUAUCUAUUUGUCUAUCUAGAUAAGUAG